AUGUCUGAGAUUGUUCUUAAUGGAAGCAGUUUUACGGAAUUCAUCAUCCUGGGAUUUUCUAAUAAUGAGAAGCAGAAGGUUCCAGUUGUCCUCUUGUUUCUAUUGAUGUAUCUUUUCACCGUCUUGAGCAACACUCUCAUCAUUGUUCUAAUCAGCCUGGACAGUAAUUUGCAUAAACCAAUGUACUUCUUCCUCUGUAACAUGUCCUUCCUGGAUAUAUUCUUUACUUCUGUCACAGCUCCAACCCUGCUCCACAUGCAGCUCUCAGAACACAAAAGAAUUUCUUUUAGAGCUUGCAUGACCCAACUCUACUUAUUUAAUUCUUUUGGUGCCAUGGAGUAUAUGAUGCUGACAGCCAUGGCGUAUGACCGUUACCAAGCUAUCUGUAACCCAUUAGGUUAUCUUCAGUAUAUGAAUAGAAACGUUUGUUGCAUAUUGGUUGCACUGGCUUGGGGAGGAGGUUUUAUAGCUGCUGUUCCAAUAAAUAUCCUAAUUUCUGCUCUUUGUUAUUGUUCUUCCAACCAGAUCAACCACUUCUUCUGCGAUAUCACUCCAUUGUUGAAGUUGGCUUGUGAUGAUACAUCAGCCAUUGAGUUCUUGAUUUUUGCAGAGGGGGUUUUAAUUGUUCUAAAUUGUUUCAUACUCACUGUAACUUCCUAUGUCUUCAUUGCUUUUGCCAUUAUUAGAAUUAGUUCCAGUAAGGGCAGGUUCAAGGCUUUUUCUACAUGUGCCUCUCACCUCACUGUGGUUAUCCUUUUUUAUUCCAUGAUUGUUUGCUUAUAUAUGAAGCCUUCAUCCUCUUAUUCUCUUAAUGAUGGGAAAAUUCUGUCUGUUUUCAGUGUGCAUGUAGUUCCCAUGCUAAAUCCAGUUAUAUACACAUUAAGAAACACAGAUAUAAAGGAAGCAGUGAAAAAAUACAUCAUUUUAUGUUGUCUUUAUAAUUUAGGAAACUACUGCAUGUUAUAA